UCACAAAGAAAAACCACACAAAGAGGAACCUUUGCUGCUCGGCUUCAGUACUUUAAAAAGGACGUGCAAACAUUUCUUUUCUCAUCAUGAACACAUCAAACAUCACCACAGAUGACCGGGUUUAUGCUGGGGUCUUUGGCUGCAUUAUGGUGAUAGGUCUGCCUCUCAACGCAGUCGCACUGUGGAUUCUUCUUCGCCGCCACAGCCUCAAAUCACCCAACGCUGUCUUCAUGAUCAAUCUGGCACUCUCAGACCUGCUAGUCAUCAUCUCUUUGCCCAUGAGGAUCUACUUUCAUGCAACAGGCACCGAGACUUUUGGAAUUAUGACCUGUCUUAUUAACACAAUGUUCUUUCGCAACAAUAUCCGCUCCAGCGCCUCCUUCAUCACCUUCAUAAGCGUGGACCAACUGCUGGCUGUGGUUUAUCCUCUGAGGUCUCGCCAUCUUCGGACCUCGUCCAAUGCCUGGAAAGGAGCAGCACUCAUCUGGGGAGUUUUGCUGCUGGUAAAUAUCCCAGAGGGCAUAGGAUUUUUAAAACACUUACAGAACCACACAGAACACAGUUGUUUUGAAUCUCAUGAUUAUACAAGUGUAACACGAUCAGCACUUAUUUACCUUCAGAUUGUGUUACUGGUCACAAUGCUAGCAGUCAACAUUGUGUGCACCAUUAUGGUUUCCUGGACUCUACACAACCAUCUCAGUGACUCUGCAAAGGUCAGAAACAAGGUCAACGUAAUGCUGAUUUUUGCCAUCAACUUGGCUAUGUUCUUCACAUGUUUUCUGCCUGUGCCACUACACUUAGCUACAAAAAGCAAUACCAGUAUAACUCCACUGGUAUGUCUGACUGUUUUGAGCUGCUGUCUGGAUCCUCUGAUCUAUUUUUUUUCUUUUGACUCCUUCUGGAAGAAAAAAGAGGACUUGGGAAGAGAACUAUAGAUUAGGGACCUGCUAGAGUUGCUAUCAGAUGUCCCAUGAUACAUGCCUAUCUUUUCUACAGAGUAUCCCGUUUGUGCAUGAGAUUCUUAAUUAGUUCAACCACAUGCACAGUUUUCAGCAGUUAACCAUCAAUAUUCAUCUCUUCAGUGACAUUUGUGUCAAAGCCAGAAAGUGAAAGAUUGAACGAGGCUUGGCUUAGUGGUUUCAUGUUUUAUUUUCACUGCAACAUGAAAGCUUCAAUAACGGAAAGAACAUUGUCUCAUCCGAUUUACUAGAAAAGGGGGGGAAAUGGCAGCUGCAACACUGCAACAAGUUCAGUCAAUAUCCUGAUCAGUAUCAUGUGAUAAAUCUGUCAGAUUUAACUGACGUGGGAAGAUGUAUUCAAUGUAUUGAAUCAUGAAAUGUUAUUUUCCCCUAAAGCCUUCUCCUGAAGGUUUUCUCAUGCAGUUGAGAAAAUCAGUAUAGAGAAAAAAAUCUUGGGUGGUAAGUCACAUAAUUCAUUAAAUCUGCUUUAUAUUUUGUUCACUUAAAAACUGAGGAAACAGUCUGUCUCAACCUAUUAGAGAGUAAACAAAUAAAAACUAUUGCACGACUUCCCGAAGUCACAGCUUGUCAGAGACAUGAAACAAACCACAUUUUAACAUACAGUUAGACGAGUACCAAAUAGAAUUGUAUUUUUAAGCCAUUUUAGUCAGGCUAGCUGGUUUGUUUUUUUAUGAUAAUUUGUCUCCUUGUUGUAGCCUGAUAUUUAAUCAAGAGGUAUAAGUAAUAUCAAUCUCCUCAGUUCUCUUUUGGCAAAUAAAAAA